AGAGAGAGAGAGAGAGAGAGAGAGAAGGAGGGAGAGAAGGAGGGAGAGAGAGAGAGAGAGAAGGAGGGAGAGAGAGAGGGACGUGCUGCAUCAGCUCGGCACACACAGGACGCAGCAACAUCAGCAGCCUCGUCUUAGAGGUCUAUUGUUCCCUGUUUUCAUUACGGACAAACCUCGUUGUCCCUCGCUGACCUAGCCACCACACAGAGAGAGAGAGAGAGAGAGAGAGAGAGAGAGAGAGGAGGAGAACCAUUCAUUCACCCAGGAUUACUUCUUCUUAGAGGAACGGACGGAACAACCCUCGUGUGAGAAAGGGACAAAAGCAAAGGGAGCAGAGUACACUUCUCCUCUGCUGCGUCUGCCCGCUUCCUCUGUGUAUUUUUCUGUCUCCGUUGUGUUGCCUUCUCCACUCUUUUUCUAUUUGGUUUUCUGUUAUUGUGUGGAUACUAUCCCCACGGUCCCCCUGCGAGAGCCAUGGGGUUGCCCGGUGGAGUGAAGGGGAUGCUGGGUGUGUGGAGGGAGUUACUUCCCUCUCACUGGAGGCUGGUGCUGGUCCUCUUCUGGAUCUCUGGAGCCACAGAGGCACAAACUGCAGCCGACACCAAACCAACUGUCUACGUCUGGCAAACAGGUCCAUGGGGCCGGUGUAUGGGCAGUGAAUGUGGCCCAGGGGGCAGCCAGAGCCGGGCAGUGUGGUGCGCCCACUCUGAAGGCUGGACCACCCUUCACACCAACUGUGACCAGGCAGAGCGCCCGGAGAACCAGCAGAGCUGCUUCCACGUGUGUGACUGGCACAAAGACCUGUACGACUGGCAGUUGGGCGCCUGGAACCAGUGUGUGCCCGUGUCCAUGCGGAGCACUGGGGCGCUCCAGCGGCCAGCCGUAUGUACCCGUGGCGAGGAGGGCAUCCAGACACGCGAGGUGGGCUGCGUCCAGAAAGCAGAUGGCGUGCCCGCGGAGGAUGCAGCGAUUUGUGAAUAUUUUGAGCCCAAGCCCAGGCUGGAGCAGGCCUGUCUGAUCCCGUGCCCGCGGGACUGUGUGGUCUCCCAGUUCACCCCAUGGACUUCCUGUUCGAAAACGUGCGGCAUGGGUCUUCAGAAUCGUGUCCGUUUUGUCCUGGCGCCGCCUCUGUUCGGGGGCUCGGCCUGCCCUAACCUGACAGAGUUCCAGACGUGUCAGCCAGGUCCCUGCGUUGGCCCAGAGAGCCUCUAUAGUCUAAGGGUGGGAUCCUGGGGUCCCUGCUCUGUACCCCUCCCUCGCACGGCCAGGCAGGCUCCCACCCUUACUCACGGUAAAGAUGUGGCUCUCCCUCGCCGGCUUCGCAAGGGCAGAGAGGGUAAAGAGGGUAAAGAGGGCAGCGAGGUGCCCACGCCACGCCAGCCUCGACUGAGCAAAGAAGAAAGGAUGAAAAGAAAGGAGAAAAGAAAGGAGGGGAGAAAAGGAAGACAGGCAGCCAAAGAAGGACGCAGGAAGAACAAGGAAAGAGUCAAGGAGAGGGUGAGGGAGCGGGUGAGGGCGAGGGGAAGGGUGAAAGACCCAGAGACCAAAGAGCUGAUCAAAAAUAAGAGGAACAGGAACAGACAGAACCGACAGGGUGGGAAGUUCUGGGACCUGCAGGUUGGAUACCAGACCCGGGAGGUGACCUGUGUUCACAGGAGCGGCAACACUGACGCACUGAGCCUGUGUUCUCGGGAGUCCCUGCCAGUGACCUACCAGGCCUGCGUACUGGCCAAGGACUGUGAGGUGAGCGACUGGACCGACUGGUCGCCCUGCUCCAAGGACUGCUACGAGCUCAACGGGCCCACGGGUGAGCGCACACGCACACGCCGGGUACACCAGUUCCCCGUGGGAGAAGGGGAGGAGUGCCCUGAACUGGAGGAGAAGGAACCCUGCACCCCUCAGGGAGAAGGGGUACCCCCCUGCAUCGUGUACAACUGGAAGACAACAGAGUGGACAGAGUGCAGGGUGGAUAUGUUGCUAAGCCAACAGGACCGUCGUCGUGGUAACCUAACUGGGCUGUGCGGGGGCGGAGUCCAGAACCAUGAGGUGUACUGCGUCCAGGCAACCAGCGCCGACCCUGCCUCAAGCUCUCUCAAUAGCAAAGAAGCCUCCAGGCCCGUUGAUGGUGACCUGUGCCUCAGCCCGCCCCCCAACACCACCCAGCUGUGCCACAUCCCAUGUCCUGUGGAGUGUGACGUGUCCUCCUGGGGUGCCUGGGGACCCUGCACCUUUGAAAACUGUCUGGACACAGCUGCCAAGAAAGGGUUCAAACUGAGGAAGAGGAGGAUCGUCAAUGAGCCCACGGGAGGAACAGGAAGCUGCCCUCACCUGGUGGAGGCCAUACCAUGUGACGAGCCCAGCUGCUAUGAUUGGCUGCUGGUGAAGCUGGAUGAGUGUAUCCCGGACAACGAGAGAGAGUGUGGACCAGGCACCCAGAUACCACAAGUCCAGUGUGUCAACAGUGAUGGUGAGUAUGUGGACCGCCAGUUAUGCCGUGAUGCCAUCCUGCCCAUGCCCGUCAUCUGUGAGGUGCCAUGCCCCAAGGACUGUGUCCUCAGUCCCUGGACCACCUGGUCCCUGUGCUCACACACCUGCUCCGGGAAGAACACAGAGGGAAGGCAGAUGAGAGCACGUUCUGUACUGGCCUACAGCGCUGGGGAAGGCGGGGUCCAGUGCCCCAACAGCAGUGCUCUCCAGGAGGUGCGGAGCUGCAACGACCACCCUUGUACUGUGUACCACUGGCAGACAGGGCCCUGGGGACAGUGUAUCGAGGACACCUCGGUCCCCUCUGCCAACUCCACAGGGGAUCGGGCCGGAGUUGGGGGAGGGGACUCCUCGUGCUCUGUGGGGAUGCAGACACGGAAGGUCAUCUGUGUACGGGUCAAUGUGGGACAGGUGCCACCCAAAAAGUGUCCAGAGAGUAUUCGUCCUGAGACAGUCAGGCCUUGCCUCCUGCCAUGUAAAAGAGACUGCUUCGUCACCCCCUACAGCGACUGGAGCGCCUGCCCUGCCAUAUGCAAAGCAGGCGGCAACACGAAAAGGAAACAGAACAGGAAACGCAUCAUCAUCCAGCUGCCGGCCAAUGGGGGACAGGACUGUCCAGAGGUGUUGGCUCAGGAGAGAGACUGUGAGGUGCCGUCUGUCUGUCUGGGAUACAGGUGGAAGACACACAAGUGGCGGCGAUGCCAGUUGGUUCCCUGGUCCGUGCGACAGGACAGUCCUGGAGCUGUGGAGACCUGUGGGCCUGGGCUGCAGGCUAGAGCUGUCUCAUGCCGGAAGCAAGACGGGGGUCAAGCGGACAUGGGAGCAUGUCUGAAGUUUGCCAGCUCCAUGCCCUCUCUGACCCAGCCCUGCCAGCUCCCAUGCCAGGACGACUGCCAGCUAACCACCUGGUCCAAGUUCUCUUCCUGUACACAGGACUGUGUGGGCGUUAAGACCCGCAAGAGGAUGCUAGUGGGAAAGAGCAAAAAGCAAGACCAGUGUAAGAACAACCAGGUCUACCCCCUCAGUGAGAUCCAGUACUGCCCCUGUAACAAGUACAACGCCCAGCCCGUGGGGAACUGGUCGGACUGCAUCCUGCCUGAGGGUGGGCGCGUGGAGGGCCAGCUGGGCAUGAAGGUCCAGGGGGACAUCAAGGAGUGUGGCCAGGGCUACCGCUACCAGGCCAUGGUGUGUUACGACCAGGACAACAGGCUGGUGGAGACAUCACGGUGCAACAGCCAUGGGUAUAUUGAGGAGGCUUGCAUCAUCCCCUGUCCGUCUGACUGCAAGCUCAGUGAGUGGUCCAACUGGUCACGAUGUAGCAAGUCCUGCGGCAGCGGGGUCAAAGUGCGUUCCAAGUGGCUGAGGGAGAAGCCUUACAAUGGUGGUCGACCGUGCCCCAAACUGGACCAUGUCAACCAGGCUCAGGUGUAUGAGGUGGUGCCCUGUCUCAGUGACUGUGGUCAGUACGUGUGGGUGGCUGAACCCUGGAGUGUCUGGAAGGUCAGCAACGUGGACCUGAAGGAGAACUGUGGAGAAGGAGUGCAGACCAGAAAAGUCAGGUGUAUGCAGAACACUAUCGAUGGGCCGUCGGACCCUGUGGAGGAUUACCUGUGUGACCCAGAGGAGAUGCCUCUAGGGGCCAGAGACCGCCAGCUGCCCUGCCCUGAGGACUGUGUCCUGUCUGACUGGGGGGCCUGGAGCCGCUGCUCACUGCCAUGCAACAAAAUCAGCACUCGGGAGAGGACAGCAUACCCCAUUCGUCAACCUGGAGAGGGAAAGCUGUGCCCCAACACCACAGAGACAGAGCCCUGCAGCCUCAACAGCAACUGCUAUCACUACUCCUAUAACAUCACCGAUUGGAGCACCUGUCAGCUGAGUGAGAGAGCUGUGUGUGGUAGUGGCAUGAAGACACGCAUGCUGGACUGUGUACGAAGUGACGGCAAGUCUGUCGACCUCAAGUUCUGUGAAGAGCUGGGACUGGACAGGAAGUGGCAGAUGAACGCUUCCUGUGUGGUGGAGUGUCCCAUCAACUGCCAGCUAUCUGAUUGGUCCCCCUGGUCCGAGUGCACACAAAUCUGUGGACUAGUAGGGAAGCUGUGGCGCAGGAGAACGGUGCUCCAGCUGCCCCAGGGUGAUGGACGACCCUGCCCCCCUCAGAGGGAACAGUGGAAGCCUUGCCCCGUCAGACCCUGCUACCACUGGAGAUACAGUUCCUGGUCUGAAUGCAAGUCUGAGGGUGCGAGGUGCGGAGAGGGGCUGCGGUUCCGUAACAUGUCCUGCUUUGUGUCGGACGGGUCUGGCCAGGGAGAGGGCAGUCUGGUGGAUGAUGAGCUGUGUGGAAACCUGGAGCCCUCGGUAGACGGCGACAAACAGAUCACCCUGGAAGAACCCUGCACCUCACCCUGUCCAGGUGACUGCUACCUGACUGACUGGACAGUGUGGAGCCCGUGUCAGCUGAGCUGUGUCAGUGGAGAUGACCUGGGGUUCGGCUCAGUGCAGGUCAGAUCCAGAGCUGUGCUGGCCCAGGAGCCAGAGAACCUACUGCAGUGUCCAGAACAGGAGUGGGAGGCCCGGCCCUGCACUGAGGGCCAGUGUUAUGAGUACAAGUGGAUGACAGGAGCGUGGAGGAGCUCCUCUCGACUGGUCUGGUGUCAGAGAUCUGAUGGAUUAAAUGUCACAGGUGGCUGCCCUCUGACAGCCCAGCCCUUGGCAGACCGAUCAUGUGACCCAGCCUGCAACAAACCGCGCUCCUUCUGCACAGAGGCGGGUGUGUGUGGUUGUGAUGAGGGCUACACAGAGGUGAUGACAUCAGACGGCCUACUGGACCAGUGUACGGUGAUCCCUGUGUUAGAGAUCCCCACGGCGGGGGACAGCAGGGCUGAUGUGAAGACCAUCAGGGCGGUCAGCCCCACACAGCCCUCCAACAGCCUGCCUGGCCGAGCUGGACGCACCUGGUUCCUACAGCCCUUCGGACCAGAUGGUAAACUGAAGACAUGGGUCUAUGGUGUGGCAGCUGGAGCUUUUGUUCUACUCGUCUUUAUAGUUUCCAUGACCUUCCUAGCCUGUAAAAAGCCAAAGAAACCCCAGAGAAGACAGAUGUAUAACAACCGGCUCAAGCCUCUGACCCUGGCCUAUGACGGAGACGCUGACAUGUAAACCUCCUAAUCUACCUGUGGCAGAAUCAUUUUACACUGACGUCAUGGAGGCUGUCGUCGUGGAAACAGUCAGAUGGGUUGUCAUGGAGACCCAACUUUGACCGUUCUUCUCAGGCUACCAGUGGGCGUGGCUUAAAAUAUCUGGAACUCUGGGAAGACUUACAUUAUGUCACUGAUUUAUCAA